CUUUAAGCAACAUUCUCUCUCUUAAUAGUUUCAAGAGUUCUUUGAGUAUCUUGAUUUGCAUUCAUUAUUAUCAAUGUAAUCUCAUUAUUAUUACUGUAAUCUCUUUGCAGGUUGGUCCACUUCAUAACAAGCUUCAACUUUUUUCUGUAGAUUCCCAUAUCCCAUAUCAGAGCUCUGUGUAGAAUAUCUUCCCUAUCGCCAUGUCUAAUCGAUCUGCCAACUCUGAGUUCAUCAUCAUUGGAUUUCCAGGUCUCCAACAGAAAUUCCACAUUCCGGUCUCCAUUACAAUGUUUCUUGUCUACUGUGUUUCACUGUUGGCCAAUAGCUCUGUUAUCAUAUUAAUCCUUCAGAAAGACCAACUCCACCAACCAAUGUACAUUAUAAUCAGAAACCUCGCUCUCUCUGACCUUCUCUUUGACACAAUAACAUUACCGAAAAUCAUUGCCAAAUAUUGGUUUGGAGCAGGUUCUAUAUCCUUCUAUGGUUGCAUCUUCCAGCUCUUCUGUAUCCAUUCCCUUGCAAGUCUUGACUCCUUGGUCAUUAUGUUGAUGGCUAUUGAUCGUUAUGUUGCUAUCUGCAAACCUCUCAGGUAUCAUUCCAUAAUCAGCAAUAAACUGGUGUCUCUGCUCUGCUUCUUUUUCUGGGUCCUUGCUGCCCUAAUUGGCUCUACUGUUGCAGUCAUAGCUGGACAACUGCCUUACUGUGGGCCCAAUCGUGUCAAGAACUUUUGCUGUGUCUAUUCAGCAGUCACAGUGUUGGCGUGUGUAGAUGUUACAUUGGCAAGAUGGACAUUUUUUACUCUUGCGAUGUGCGUGCUCCUCCUGCCACUGGCCUUUAUUAUACUCUCAUAUAUUUUAAUAAUCAGAGUUAUACACUCAUCAACUAACAAUAAAAAUUCAUGGAAGGCAUUUUACACCUGUACCACUCAUUUAAUAGUCAUUGGCUUGUAUUAUAUCCCCAGGGUGUUUGUAUAUAGUACAAGUCAAAUCCCUUUGAUCCUUGAUGCUGAUAUCAAUGUCUUCCUCCUUUGUCUCUACACAUUUGUUCCCCAUUUAGCCAACCCCAUUAUAUAUUGUCUUAGAACCAAAGAAAUUACACAUAUUUUUGAACUAAGUUUCAACAAUAUAGUUCUUUUGAAAAGUAUGCAGACAUCAAAAAACCUGCAGUGA